GGAUGGGGGAGCCGGAGGCAAGGACAGCUGCUGCUCCUCUCUAGCUCGCCCCUGGCCCGGCCGGCGCGAUGGCGGGAGCGUCUGUGAAGGUGGCGGUGCGCGUCCGGCCCUUCAACUCCCGGGAGAUGAGCCGGGAGUCCAAAUGCAUCAUCCAGAUGUCGGGAAGCACCACCACUAUCCUGAACCCGAAGCAGCCCAAAGAGACACCAAAAAGCUUCAGCUUUGACUAUUCCUACUGGUCCCACACCACGCCUGCAGACAUCAACUAUGCAUCUCAGAAGCAAGUGUACCGUGACAUUGGUGAGGAGAUGCUGCAGCAUGCCUUUGAAGGCUACAACGUCUGCAUCUUUGCCUACGGGCAGACAGGGGCUGGAAAAUCCUACACCAUGAUGGGCAAGCAGGAGAAGGACCAGCAAGGCAUCAUCCCACAGCUGUGUGAGGAUCUCUUCUCCCGCAUCAACGACACGACCAACGACAACAUGUCCUACUCCGUGGAGGUGAGCUACAUGGAGAUCUACUGCGAGCGCGUGAGGGACCUGCUGAACCCCAAGAACAAGGGGAACCUGCGGGUGAGGGAGCAUCCCCUUAUGGGCCCAUAUGUCGAGGACCUUUCCAAGCUGGCUGUGACCUCUUACAAUGACAUCCAGGACCUCAUGGACUCUGGGAACAAAGCCCGCACCGUGGCUGCCACCAACAUGAACGAGACCAGCAGCCGCUCCCACGCCGUGUUCAACAUCAUCUUCACGCAGAAGCGGCACGACGCCGAGACAGACAUCACCACCGAGAAGGUCAGCAAAAUCAGCUUGGUGGACCUGGCAGGGAGCGAGCGAGCCGACUCCACAGGCGCCAAGGGCACGAGGCUGAAGGAAGGAGCGAACAUCAACAAGUCCUUGACCACGCUGGGGAAAGUCAUCUCUGCCCUGGCUGAGAUGGAUUCAGGGCCAAACAAGAACAAAAAGAAGAAGAAGACAGAUUUCAUCCCCUACCGGGACUCGGUGCUGACCUGGCUGCUGCGGGAGAACCUGGGGGGCAACUCCAGGACAGCCAUGGUUGCUGCUCUCAGUCCUGCUGACAUCAACUAUGACGAGACCCUCAGCACCCUCAGGUACGCUGACCGCGCCAAGCAGAUCCGCUGCAAUGCCGUCAUCAACGAGGACCCCAACAACAAGCUCAUCCGGGAGCUGAAGGAUGAGGUGGCUCGCCUGCGCGACCUCCUCUACGCCCAGGGCCUGGGGGACAUCAUUGACACCCAUCCUGCUGCAGGAGGAUCCAAAUAUGUGUCCGACUUUGAGAACAAUAAUGAUGGUAGAGGGGCAGAGCUGAGUCAGCGCCAUGACAAUCUCUCCACAGUGACCAACGCCAUCGCGGGGAUCAGCCCCUCUUCCUCGCUGUCGGCCCUGUCCAGCCGCGCCGCCUCCGUCGCCAGCCUCCACGAGCGCAUCAUGUUCGCUCCGGGCAGCGAAGAGGCGAUCGAGAGGCUCAAGGAAACAGAGAAGAUCAUCGCAGAGCUGAACGAGACGUGGGAGGAGAAGCUGCGUAGGACCGAGGCAAUCCGGAUGGAGAGGGAAGCGUUGCUGGCUGAAAUGGGGGUGGCCAUGAGGGAAGACGGUGGUACUUUGGGUGUUUUCUCUCCCAAAAAGACACCUCACUUGGUCAACCUGAAUGAGGACCCGCUCAUGUCCGAGUGCCUUCUCUACUACAUCAAGGACGGGAUAACGAGGGUUGGCCGGGAAGAUGCAGAGAAGAGGCAGGACAUCGUUCUCAGCGGACACUUCAUUAAGGAAGAGCACUGCCUUUUCCGCAGCGACACCAAAACCGGCGGCGAAGUAAUAGUGACCCUGGAGCCCUGCGAAGGUGCUGACACCUACGUGAAUGGCAAAAAGGUGACAGAACCCAGUGUCCUGCGCUCAGGAAACCGCAUCAUCAUGGGGAAGAGCCACGUCUUCCGCUUCAACCACCCCGAGCAGGCUCGGCAGGAGCGGGAGCGGACCCCGUGCGCCGAGACCCCCGCGGAGCCCGUGGACUGGGCUUUCGCCCAGAGAGAGCUGCUGGAGAAGCAGGGCAUUGACAUGAAGCAGGAGAUGGAGCAGCGGCUCCAGGAGCUGGAGGACCAGUACCGGAGGGAGCGGGAGGAGGCGAAUUACCUUCUGGAGCAGCAGAGGCUGGACUAUGAGAGCAAGCUGGAGGCUUUGCAGAAGCAGAUGGACUCUAGGUAUUACCCUGAGGCAAACGAGGAAGAGGAGGAACCUGAGGAUGAAGUGCAGUGGACGGAGCGGGAGUUUGAGCUGGCCCUCUGGGCCUUUAGGAAGUGGAAGUGGUACCAGUUCACCUCCCUUCGUGACCUGCUCUGGGGCAAUGCCAUCUUCCUCAAGGAAGCCAAUGCCAUCAGCGUGGAGCUGAAGAAGAAGGUGCAGUUCCAGUUCGUGCUCCUCACAGACACGCUGUACUCGCCUCUCCCUCCUGACUUGCUGCCUCCCGACGCUGCCAAGGACCGGGAGAAGCGGCCGUUCCCCCGGACCAUCGUGGCCGUGGAGGUGCAGGACCAGAAGAAUGGGGCAACGCACUACUGGACCCUGGAGAAGCUGAGGCAGCGCCUGGACCUGAUGCGCGAGAUGUACGACCGCGCGGCCGAAGUGCCUUCCAAUGUCAUCGAGGACUGCGACAACGUGGUCACCGGCGGAGACCCCUUCUACGACCGCUUCCCCUGGUUCAGGCUGGUGGGCAGUUCAGAUAUCUCUGGCUGCAACAGCUCUCCUCUUUUCAACACAUGCAUGAGCGAGCGCAUGGCUGAUCUCACCCCCUCCCCUACCUUCUCGAACCCCGACUCCGACAUCACCGAGCCUGCUGACGAGCAGCACCAGGGGCAGGAGGAGGAGGAGGAGGCGGAGGACCUGGAGGAAGACAUCUUUCCGGAGUGCCCACUGUGUGAUGGCCGGGAUCCGUUUUACGACCGCUCCCCCCUGUUCAGUUUAGUAGGAAGGGCCUUUGUUUACCUGAGCAACCUCCUCUACCCCGUGCCCCUGGUGCACCGCGUGGCCAUCGUCAGCGAGAAGGGCGAGGUGAAGGGCUUCCUGCGCGUGGCCGUCCAGGCCAUCUCAGCGGACGAGGAAGCUCCUGACUACGGCUCCGGCGUGCGGCAGUCAGGGACGGCCAAGAUCUCCUUUGAUGACCAGCACUUUGAGAAGUUCCAGUCAGAGUCGUGCCCAGCCGUGGGGAUGUCGCGCUCGGGGACGUCCCAAGAGGAGCUGCGCAUUGUUGAAGGCCAAGGGCAGGUCAGCGACGUGGGUCCCUCCGCUGAUGAAGUCAACAACAACACCUGUGCAGUGACCCCGGAGGACCUUCUGCUGGAGAGCCCGGAGAAGCCUGCAGCGGAUGGGCCUCUGGAGACCACGCUGGAUCACCUGAAGCUGGGCAGCAUCUUCACUUUCCGUGUGACAGUCCUGCAGGCCUCCAGCAUCUCUGCGGAAUACGCAGACAUCUUCUGCCAGUUCAACUUCAUCCAUCGUCAUGAUGAGGCCUUUUCAACAGAGCCCUUGAAGAACACAGGACGGGGGCCACCACUGGGCUUCUAUCACGUCCAAAAUAUUGCUGUGGAGGUGACCAAGUCCUUCAUCGAAUACAUCAAGAGCCAGCCGAUUGUAUUCGAAGUCUUUGGGCACUACCAGCAGCACCCCUUCCCACCGCUCUGCAAGGACGUCCUGAGCCCACUCAGGCCAUCCCGGCGCCACUUCCCCCGUGUGAUGCCGCUCUCCAAACCAGUGCCCGCGACGAAGCUGAGCACCAUGACUCGGCCCAGUGCCGGCCCCUGCCAGUGCAAGUACGAUCUGAUGGUCUUCUUCGAGAUCUGUGAGCUGGAGGCCAACGGCGACUACAUCCCCGCCGUCGUGGAUCACCGCGGAGGCAUGCCGUGCCAUGGGACCUUCCUCCUACACCAGGGCAUCCAGAGGAGAAUCACCGUCACCUUGGUGCACGAGUCAGGCAGCCUGAUCCGCUGGAAGGAAGUGCGGGAGCUGGUUGUGGGUCGGAUCCGGAACACCCCAGAAGCAGAUGAGUCUCUCAUCGACCCCAACAUCCUGUCCCUGAACAUCCUCUCCUCUGGGUACAUCCACCCCUCCCAGGAUGACCGGACUUUCUACCAGUUUGAGACGGCGUGGGACAGCUCCAUGCACAACUCGCUGCUGCUCAACCGCGUCACCCCGUACCGCGAGAAAAUCUACAUCACCCUCUCCGCCUACAUCGAGAUGGAGAACUGCACUCAGCCUGCCGUCAUCACCAAAGACUUCUGCAUGGUUUUCUACUCCCGGGACGCCAAGCUUCCUGCCUCCCGCUCCAUCCGCAACCUCUUCGGCAGCGGCAGCCUACGGGCUUCUGAGAGCAACCGCGUGACAGGAGUCUACGAGCUCAGCCUGUGCCGCGUGGCCGACGCCGGCAGCCCAGGCAUGCAGAGACGGCGCCGGCGCGUGCUGGACACCUCCGUUGCCUACGUGCGGGGAGAGGAGAACUUGGCGGGCUGGCGGCCCCGCAGCGACAGCCUCAUCCUCGACCAUCAGUGGGAGCUGGAGAAGCUCAGCCUCCUGCAAGAAGUGGAGAAGACAAGGCACUACCUGCUCCUGCGCGAGAAGCUGGAGACGACCCAGCGCCUGGGGCUGGAGACCCUGUCCCCCUGCUCCAGCGAGGAGUCCGAGUCCCGAAGCACCUCCUGCGUCUCCUCCCCGCUCUCUGCUGACGGGGCUCCCGAGGGCCGCACCUCUCCCCCUGAGACCCCCAGCGAGAGGCAGAAGGAGCUGGCUGUGAAGUGCUUGCGCCUGCUCACGCACACCUUCAACAGGGAGUACAGCCAUAGCCACGUCUGCAUCAGCGCCAGCGAGAGCAAGCUGUCCGAAAUGUCUGUGACCCUGAUGAGAGACCCCUCCAUGCCAGCUCUUGGGGUGACCACUCUCACCCCCUCCUCGACCUGCCCGUCACUGGUGGAAGGACGCUACAACGCCGUGGAGGUCAGACCCGCCCCGGUCUCCUCCAGGGCAGAGAGCCCUGACCUGGAGCCCGUGCUAGAAGGAGAGCAGAAGAAAUCCCCAGCCUGCCGGCCUGAGGAGGAGAAGGAGCCCCAGCGCUUGCUGGUGCCCGACAUCCAGGAGAUCCGAGUCAGCCCCAUUGUCUCCAAAAAGGGCUACCUGCACUUCCUGGAGCCCCACACCAACGGGUGGGUGAAGCGCUUCGUGGUGGUUCGGCGCCCCUAUGUCUACAUCUAUAACUCGGACAAGGAUGCCGUUGAGAGGGCCAUCCUCAACCUCUCCAAGGCCCAGGUGGAGUACAGCGAGGACCAGCAGGCCAUGCUCAAGACCCCAAACACCUUUGCGGUGUGCACGGAGCACCGAGGCAUCCUGCUGCAGGCAAGCAGCGACAAGGACAUGCACGACUGGCUCUACGCCUUCAACCCCCUCCUGGCUGGGUCCAUAAGGUCCAAGCUGUCCAGAAGGAGAACAGCCCAGAUGAGAAUCUAACCUGAGAAACACCCUCCACUUCAUCCAUCUGCCAACAGGAUCAAGAUAGCUGAUUCUGUCUCAAGACUCCCCAUGUUAACGUCUGAUCUCUCACAACAUCUGCUGCCCCAGCUGUCUGCUGUAUCGAAGGAUCUGUCUCAGUUCACACCUUCACGGGGGAAACUCACUCCGUUCGUAGCUGCAAAAGCCUGGACCCGCCCGGGCAGGGUUUCUGUGCGCGUGCCAUCUUCUGCCCGUCCCCCCACGGGUGACCUUCAUGUCACACCGUCUGUAACGCUCCAGAGAGGUCCCUGUCGGAGGCAGGGGAGGGAGCAAGGAGGGCGGCUUCGGCUACAGGCU